AUGCACCAACAAUCCUCUAGUUACCCUACGACGCCCCAGACCUGCACUCAGACGGACUCAAUCUCCCUUCAGUCUUCGUCAGCUACUGGCCUCGGGCUACUAAAUUGCUCUCUUCCACCAGCUGGAACCUCAGCAUCCAUCUGCUCGCCAUCCCAAUCCAUGCUUCAAGUCGCCCAAGGAUGGCACGGAGAGCCAAGUGCCGGCCACUGCUUUCCGAACACCUCCUCUAGCAUGGUUACCUAUCCCAUAAUAUCAAUAUACGACGGUCUACAGGUUGUUCCUAAUGCAUCAAUCUCGUCCUUCGGUGUUCCAAGUACACAUGUUGAUACUUCUUCGGCCGGUUUCCUAAGUCCUGUUCCCUUGAUGAAAGUCGAAAGCAGCUCAACUAUCCAGUCCAACAUCUAUGCACCUGACAUGUCGUCAAACUACGGGGUGUCCCCAAGCCCGACCCAGUCCCCACAGAUUCUUAGUGAGGGUAUGAGUGAUGACUGGGAGAUAAUAGCAAACGAUAACGCCGCAAAGCAAGCCUUCUUCAGCAUGGAAGACCUUCCCUUAUUCCAUCAACAGAUUAGUUCUCCUGUCCCUGCAAGACAGCCUCGUGAAGCAAACACCCCAGUUCUCACCUCAACUCCCAUCCACAACCAGAGAAAGCCUCGUCGUUCCCCCCUGAGAACUUCAGACUGCAACAAGGUGGUAGGCAAACGAACUUCCGAACUUGACCUGUCAUCUCCUGAUAUGAAAAUGCCCCCAAAGAAAAAGAGAUCACUAGAUAAUGGGAAUGGGAAAUACGAAUGCGAACAGUGUGGAAGGCAGUUUACACGGAAUUCAAACUGCAGAUCACACAUGAAGAUACAUGACCCCAACCGAAGAUACCCUCAUAAAUGCACGAUUGGUCAGUGUACCAACAAGUUUAGUCGCAAGACUGAUCUUAUCCGGCAUAUUGAUAGCGUGAGUCCAUAA